ACUUACAGACUUAGCAAGAGCUUUUUGAAUUUUUUUAUUGUUAACAUGUCUAGGAGAGAAGAGCUAGUUUGUUAUGCAAAGUUGGCAGAGCAAGUCGAACGAUAUGAUGAAAUGAUGCAGUACAUGGACAAGGUGUCCAAAAUGGAAGAAAAUCUCAAUGCAGACGAGCGAAACUUGCUGUCAGUUGCAUACAAAAAUGUAAUAGGUGCAAAGCGUUCUUCGUGGAGAGUACUAAGUGACAUUGAAUCCAGGGACGAUAGUAAAAAGAAGAAAGUUUUUGUGAAUGCAUACAAGAGACGAGUCGAAGACGAGCUGAAACAACUUUGUACAAACAUAAUCACUCUACUUGUUGAACAUCUUAUCUGCAAAGUUGAUGCAGAAAACGCAGAAGCAAAAGUAUUUUACUACAAGAUGAAAGGUGAUUAUAAUCGUUACCUAGCAGAAGUCCAGGUUGGCAAGGACCAGACAGAUGCUGCGGAAGCGUGUUUAAUUGCUUAUAAAGAAGCAAACGAAGCAGGUAGCGAGCUUCCGUCAACUCAUCCAAUCAAAUUAGGACUUGCUCUCAACUUCUCUGUGUUUUACUACGAAAUCCUCAACUCUCCUGAAACGGCUUGUACAUUAGCUAAAACUGCAUUCGAUGAUGCUAUUGCAGAAUUAGAUCAUUUGCAAGAAGAUUCGUAUAAGGAUUCAACUCUGAUAAUGCAGUUGCUUCGUGAUAACCUAACGUUGUGGACAUCUGAGACGCAAGAAGACAAUGAUGAGUGAAAAUGCUAUGAUAUCCACUGUAUAAAGUGGGACUAUGCAGUGGUAGGGUUCAAAUUUUUCGUCAGUCGGUUUCAUCAUACAAUUGUCAUAUUUCAUGCGGUUCUGUUACAAAAAGUCAUGUAAUGCUGAACGGUUCGCUUAUCUCAUAAAAUUCCGUGAUACGGUUCUAUAGAACCGGUGCGAACCGGCUGAAUCCCACUACUGGAACUAUGUAACAUUUACAAAAACUCAUCACACUACUCAUCACUAUUGUAAAUUAAUGGCUGUUUAGAUAUAAGGUUAUGAUAUUGUAUACCCAUUAUUGAAGAUGUGAACUAUUACUAUAGAAAAAAUUUAUGUAAUCUAUUUCUGUAUUUAUAGCAAGAUUUUCAACUUUUUGUGGUGUGAAGUAUUUAUUUGAAAAUGAUAAUAAAAUGUUAAUUUCGAAUUUCUCAAUCUUUCCUAAGGUAUUGUUUUGUCCAAUCAAUGCUACCAUAUUCACUGUACAAAAACUUCUCACCCUGAAGUGGUUCUCAACCUUUCACUGACCGCGUACCACUUUACUGUUUUUUACUCUGGCCGCCGCGUACCACCGACAAAGCUCCUUUUUUGGCGUGGGGAAAAAGACACAAGAAACGUGCUACGGGAGUAUUUUAUAAUGUGGCACUACAUCUUUUGUGGCGUAACACGCAAAACGGACAAAAACAUGCCCAUAUCGCUUCAUUUAAGGGGGACAAUAGCGGGCGGGGGCGAACUCUAGAGACAUGCGCUAUGGACGUUUCCCCGACCAUUGACUCCGAAAAAUUUCCCCUCUUUUACAAUUGUAAACUUCAUGCUUAUUCUGAGAGUGUUUUGAUGUGUUGGUGCAUAUAAAAUGGUUUACGUGUUUUAAACCAUCAUUUUUAUUAAAAUUAAUCAACCAUAUGUGCCGUUUGCAGGUACAGAUAUAGCCAGGCCUGCCAUAACGUCCUUAUUUCUAAGAUUUGUCCUUAUUUCGCCAUGUGUCCUUAUAUUCUUGGUAGGGGUUCU